UACAUUAUAUAAUAUAGGUAUUGUAAAGUUGUAAUGUAGGUAAUUGAAAAAUGAAUUAAACAAUUUUCUGUGAUUGUUUAAUCAAUAAUGUAUGUUGAUUUGAGCUGAUGGUCUUGUUACCAUUACUCUAAGCUCUAAAUAAUAAACGUAAAUUAAUUGUAUAACAGUCGAUAGCCGAAAAAUGGCGAAUAGGACAGUUAAGGAUGCAAAGUCAAUCCGUGGAACAAACCCUCAAUAUUUAAUAGAAAAAAUUAUCAGAUCCCGUAUAUACGAUUCGAAGUAUUGGAAAGAAGAAUGUUUUGCAUUAACAGCAGAAUUACUUGUGGACAAGGCCAUGGAAUUACGAUACAUUGGGGGCGUCCACGGCGGUUUUAUUUAUCCCACACCGUUUUUAUGUUUAGUAUUAAAAAUGCUUCAAAUACAGCCCGAAAAAGACAUUGUCGUCGAGUUUAUAAAAAAUGAAGAAUUCAAGUAUGUGCGUGCAUUGGGUGCUUUUUACAUGAGGUUAACUGGAACUUCAGUUGAUUGUUAUAAAUAUCUUGAACCGCUUUAUAAUGAUAAUAGAAAACUCAGGCGACAGAAUCGUCAGGGACAAUACGAAUUAGUCCAUAUGGAUGAGUUUAUAGAUGAACUGUUACGAGAAGAACGCUUGUGUGAUGUUAUAUUACCCAGGAUUCAAAAGAGGAGUGUACUGGAAGAGAAUAAUGAAUUGGAACCCAAAAUUUCGGCAUUAGAUGAUGAUUUGGAUGAUGAAAUACCUUCAGAUGAAGAUAAUAUUGAUGUUGAUACUAAAGAAAAUAGGCGGGAGAAGACUAAAAAGGAUAAGGACAGAAAAAGAGACAGAUCCCAUGAUCGUGAAAGACAUGAUAAGGAAAGAAAACGAGAACGUUCUAGGAGCAGAGACCGUGAGCGAAGAAGAGAAAGAGAUCGUGAGAGGGAGAGAGAUAGGGACCGUCCGAGGGAAAGAGAUAGGGAGAAGGAACGAAGGGAUAGGCAUGACACAGAAAGACGUAGGGACAGGGGAAGAUAUUAAAAAUACUAUAGUAAAUAAAGUUUUUAACAGUA